CUUCCCCAACCAAAACUCUCAGCUAGCAUAUAUAUAAACUCCUUCAAAGCUUUCAUCAUAAUUCAAACCCUAAAAACAGAAGGAAAGAACAAAGAAUGUCUGGUGUUUGGGUUUUCAAAAAUGGAGUGAUUCGCCUUGAGAACCCUGGAGGUGAGCAAGGCGACGGUCAAAGCCGACCUGGCGGAAGCCGUCGCAAGGUCUUGGUUCAUCUCCCUACCAAUGAGGUAAUAAGCUCCUAUGAUAUGCUUGAAACGAAGCUACGCGAGCUCGGUUGGGAGCGAUAUUCUGGCGACUCUUCCCUCGUUCAGUUCCACAAGCGCUCCUCAGUGUAUCUCAUCUCCCUCCCUAGAGAAUUCUCUAGGCUUAGCACGGUUCAUAUGUAUGACAUAGUUGUCAAGAGCCGCAAUGUUUUUGAGGUAAGAGAUGCUUAACAUAAGGAUAAAGGGUUCAGGAUGGUAAGGGUGCAACCAUGAUUGGCUCAAUUAAUCAGUUUUAAUGAGCUUAGAGUGUGUAUAUUACUAUGUAAGGGUUGGCAUGGUGCUAGCUAGCUAAUUUCAAUGUUUGAUCUUCAUUAUUUUGUAUACAUUAAGAUUUCGUUUGGGAUGACUUUCUUAUUGUUUCUUUAAAAAGGUUUCUACAAAAAAAAAAAAGUUAUAAGAAAUAGUAAGAAAGCUGUUCCAAACGAAGCCUAAGUCAUUUGAAGCUAUGUUUGAUCAUUUUUCAGAAACCCUAGCUGAUGAGUAGUGAUUAUUAUAUUUUGUUGUUGCUCCCAUAGGACUGUUCUUAUGCUCUUGAAUGCAUGAAUUAUUAUCUUCA